GUUUGUGAAGUGGAUGGGAUGUUGUUGUGGUGGGACACAACUCAUAGAGGAAAAUGGAACAGAAGAGUUCAGCUUCGGAGGCUGUAGAGAUGUUAUGUUUCAUCAUCCUCAAACCAAAUCUUGUGAAUUUCUUGCCCAUCUUCCUUCUUCCAUCCCUCUUGAUUCCGGGUAUGAUCAUAUACACAUGACUCACAUAAAUAUACUGUUACAUAUGAUAUAUCUAGAGAUUGAAACAUGGACUUUUUUAUAUAGGAUAUAUGCGGAGACUCUUCUGACUAACCAGACUGGUUGGUUAAGUGAGAGCUCAGAACCAGGCUUUAUGCAGGAGACGAUCUGUACAAGGGUUUUAAUUCCUAUACCCGGAGGGUUAGUGGAGCUAUUUGCGACUAGACAGGUAGCUGAAGAUCACAACGUGGUAGAUUUUGUAAUGGGGAAUUGCAACAUGUUGAUGGCUGAAACCACAACGAUCAACGUAAUGGUAGCGGAUGAGGUCGAGUCCAAGCCAUACGGGAUGUUAUCUGGUGACAUCCAUCAAAAGGGUUCAAAGGAUGAAGAUAUGAUGAAUCUUCCAUCUCCUUACGAUAUUUCUGCGGAUCAAAUGCGGCUUAAUUUCUUGCCUCAGAUGAGUGAGUAUGAUGCCCAACAACACUUGAAGGUGAAGAGUGAUGAUUAUCAUCACCAAGACUUGGGAUGUCUCCCGGAGAAUGGUAACAAGGAGAUGACGGGCAUGAACCCUUUUAACACGGUGGCAGAAGAGGGGUUGUCAGUGAUGGGCGAGCAUAGCUUGCUUUUGAACGAACAGCAAGUGGCUAACGAUAAGGAAAUGAAUGAGAACGGAACUGGUUCGGAUUGUAGCGACCAGAUAGAUGAUGAAGAUGAUCCUAAGUACAAGAAGAAGACAGGAAAACAUUCUCAAGCUAAGAACCUGAUGGCUGAGAGACGGAGAAGGAAGAAGCUAAACGAUAGGCUUUACGCUCUUCGGUCACUUGUUCCUAGGAUAACCAAGUUGGAUAGGGCAUCGAUUCUUGGUGAUGCGAUCAACUACGUAAAGGAGUUGCAGAAUGAGGCAAAGGAGCUUCAAGACGAGCUUGAAGAGAAUUCAGAGACUGUGGAAGGAUCUAACAGGCAGCAAGGAGGGAUGAGCCUGAACGUGGGGACUGUGGUCACUGGGUUUCACCCGGGGCUUUCAUGUAACUCCAACGUUCCUAACCUUAAACAAGAUGUUGAUCUUGAGAAUGCUAAUGAUAAAGGACAAGAAAUGGAGCCGCAGGUGGAUGUGGCUCACUUAGAUGGGAGAGAGUUUUUCGUAAAGGUGAUUUGUGAAUACAAACCAGGAGGCUUUACAAGGCUAAUGGAGGCACUUGACUCUUUGGGACUUGAGGUUACAAAUGCUAACACGACUCGCUUCCUCAGUCUUGUCUCUAAUGUCUUUAAAGUUGAGAAAAAUGAUAGCGAGAUGGUGCCAGCUGAACAUGUGAGGAACUCCUUGCUGGAAAUAACCCGGAACACAUCUAGAGGAUGGCAUGAUGACCAGAUGGCAACAGGUUCCAUGCUAAACAAUAAGAACGAAGUUGACAUUCAACACUAUGAUGAUCACCACCAUCACAGCGGUCAUCAUCACCUACAUGAUCAUCAGAUGAAUCACAGUGCUCACCAUCAUCACCAACACAUCAACCAUUACCAAAACCAAUAA